GCGGCGGUGGCGGUGGCGGCUGCUCGGCCAGGACUCCCGGCCCCCGCCAUUUCGGACGGGGAGCGAGCGCGGUGCAGGUACUGAAGGCGGCGGCGGGGGCCAGAGGCUCGGCGGCUCCCAGGUGCGGGAGAGAGGCCUGCUGAAAAUGACUGAAUAUAAACUUGUGGUAGUUGGAGCUGGUGGCGUAGGCAAGAGUGCCUUGACGAUACAGCUAAUUCAGAAUCACUUUGUGGAUGAAUAUGAUCCUACGAUAGAGGAUUCCUACAGGAAACAAGUAGUAAUUGAUGGAGAAACCUGUCUCUUGGAUAUUCUCGACACAGCAGGUCAAGAGGAGUACAGUGCAAUGAGGGACCAAUACAUGAGAACUGGGGAGGGCUUUCUUUGUGUAUUUGCCAUAAAUAAUACUAAAUCAUUUGAAGAUAUUCACCAUUAUAGAGAACAAAUAAAAAGAGUUAAAGACUCUGAAGAUGUACCUAUGGUCCUAGUAGGAAAUAAGUGUGAUUUGCCUUCUAGAACAGUAGACACAAAACAGGCUCAGGACUUAGCAAGAAGUUACGGCAUUCCUUUUAUUGAAACAUCAGCAAAGACAAGACAGGGUGUUGAUGAUGCCUUCUAUACAUUAGUUCGAGAAAUUCGAAAACAUAAAGAAAAGAUGAGCAAAGAUGGUAAAAAGAAGAAAAAGAAGUCAAAGACAAAGUGUAUAAUUAUGUAAAUACAAUUUGUACUUUUUUCUUAAGGCAUACUUAAGUAAAAGUGGUAAUUUUUGUACAUUACACUAAAUUAUUAGCAUUUGUUUUAGCAUUACCUAAUUUUCUUUCUGCUCCAUCCAAACUGUUAGCUUUUAUCUUGAAUGCUUAUUUUAAAAUGACAGUGGAAACUUUUCCCUCUAAGUGCCAGUAUUCCCUGAGUUUUGGUUUUUGAACUACAAUGCCUGUGAAAAAGAAACUGUAUACCUGAGAUUUCUGUCUUGGGGUUUUUGGUGCAUGCAGUUUAUUACUUCCUAUUUUUCUUACCAGUUGUGAACUUUGGUGUGAAACAAAUUAAUGAAGUUUUGAAUUAUCCCUAUUCUGUAUUUUAUCUAGUCACAUACAUAGAUUAAUUACUAAUUGUAACUUCAGUUGAGAUUUCAUGAUUGGUUUUACCGAAACCUUGAGGGAACACAAAUUUCUGGGCUUCCUGUAGAUUCAUCUUGUAGGCAACAUGUCCUCUAGUUUCAGUCAUGCUUAAUGAAUGUAAAGUUACACUGUUCACAAAGGUUUUCUUCCUCUUUCCACCGCUAUUUGUCAUAGUCAUGUUCCCCAAAUAUUAUAUUUUUUCUAUAAAAAUGGAAAAAGUGGAAAAAAAUACAAGGCAAUGAAAAAUAUUAAAAGGCCAUUUACUUUCCACAUUAGAUAAAUUCCUAUAAUACUCUGAAUAGCUUUUCCUGCUAAGGCAGACCCAGUAUGUAAUGAGGAUUAUAGCAACAAUUUAGGGGCUAUAUUUACAUGCUACUAAAUUUUUGUAAUUAUUGAAACAAUUUUUAAAUGUAUAAAAAUUCUCAUAGGAAUUAAAUGUAGUCUCCCUGUGUCAGAUUGCUUUUUCUUAUCAUAACUUUAAAUCUUUUCUUGAAGUUCAAUCUUUCAAAAUAGUUUUAAUUCUGGUAGUGAUUUUAAAGAUUAUUUGGGCCAAUUAGCUUAGUAGGUGUUGAAAAGACCAAGGUUGGAAGGCCAGGUCUUGUGUGAACUUUGAGCUUCAUUGAGAAUUUCACAGUCCGGACUGCAUCCCUGAAGCCUCCCAGUGUUAUCAUGCAUUGGUUGGUCAAACAUGGGGACUAGGAGGGAGCUUGGCUAGCUCAGCAAGAUACCUUCUCACUGUGUGGUGGUUCGGCUGACAGGUCGGGAACAUCACUUAAAAAAAAAUACAACAGAACUUUUUAAAAAAAUUAAUAAAGUGAAAAAGUUUUAAAGUCUCUAAUAUUUCAUAAAUACAAGUCUGGGCUAUAUUUAAGAAUAUCUGAUGCUUAAAAUAGAUAAAUUAACAAAAUUAUUCUUUCAGUGCAUUUAAGAUGUUAUUUUAAAAUAAGUGAGAUGGUAUGAAAGUAUCAAUGGACCAGGAGGAAGGUGACUUAGAUUUUUUUAUAACUCCAAUUUGGGGCAAAUCACUUACUAUCCAUUUCUUCAUGUUAAAAGAAGUCAUCUCAAGGCUGUAUAGCUAGCAUUACAACUAUGUGAUUUACAUUCAGUUUACAUAAAAAUAUACCUGUUUGUCAAUCUCAGCACAAAUCUGUAACUUUUUACCUGUGUUAUCAUCUUUCGUGCCAGUCUUAGGCAAAAUUGUGCAAGAGGUGAAGUUUAUUUUUGAAUGCCCUUUUUCCUGUUUCAGGACUCCUCUCCCACAUUAGUGUCAUCUUGCCUGCCUACCUUCUCCAUUCUCCAUGACCUGAUACUCUUUCUUUCAAUACUUCUAAUUCCCAUAACCUCAAGAUUUAUUGCUGCUUUGGAUAUCUCCUGGAAGGCUUCCCACCAGGUCACAUCAAAUGCCCUACAUCUUAUUUCCUCAGGCCCUACAUCAUUUGACAGAUACUAUAAUGGCAUUUGGCCUAACAGGUAAUUUUCAGGUGGUGGCUAGAGCAGUUUAAUUUUGAUCAUCUCUUUGCUGCCUGGUCCAUUACUGAGUACGUAGGAAUUUUCAUGCAGUGAAUAGACAAAACCCUAUCCAGGGGAAGAAUUUAAUAAAGGUAGUGCUGAAAGAAUUCCUUAGAUAAUCUAUAAUUAGGACUAGCCCAGGUAAUAGUGAUACAUUCCUUUUUUUUAAUAACUAAAAUCUUACAAUUAAAAAUAUUUUAAAUUUUAAUUCAUAAGGCUUACUUUUUAGCACAGUUAUUCAACAAAUAUCUGAGUGCCUACUAAAUGCCAGACACUACACAAGGCAUUGGGGAUAUGGUUUAAGGGACAUAAUUUGUAUCCUAAAGUAGCACUUAUAUUCUAGCGUGGUCUGUAAUAUCUUCAUGAGGCAUUUGGCACAUGAAUCAGAGAAAACAUAAUGCACAUUUUAAUUUUGUAAGGAAAGGAUUUGGUCUCUUAAGAUUUCUUCCAGUUCUGGAGUAAUCAUUUUGCUCUGAUUCCACUGUAACUUUAAUCAAGCUUCUUUAUGUAAGUCACCUUCAUUGUUUUAAAGGAGUAAACUUGAGUAUAUUUUUAUUUGGCAUAAUUGUGUGAUUCUAUUGGAACAGUUAUAGUACACUUUAAGUUGUAUGUCAGAUAAUAAUAUUAAAAUUCCCAAGUAUGUAAUACUCUAGUUGGUCCCUUUGUACAAGUAAUUAAAGAAGACUUUUAAAAUUAAAUACUGAAUUCUAAAAUAGUUUUGUUUACCUGGGUAUGAAUAAACAGAUGUCUGAACUAAUUCACAGAAAACGAAACUUCUGUGUAAAAAUCAAUGAUUUCUGAAAUGCUAUGCUUAACUAUAGGUUCAUUGACCAUUUGGUAGGAUGUUAAGACUUACUUAGUACCUCCUCUUGUUUUUACACAAGAGAAAGAAAUGGCCAUACUUCAAGAAUUGCAGUCCAUAACUGAGUGAGGGAAUUUUUAGGACUCUGGAGUUUUUGAUGUAGCUGGGCAGUUUUUUUUCAGGCAUUGGUAAUUAUCCUUUAUUACGUGAAUUAUGAAUGAUUUGACAAAAGGUUUGAUUUUAUAGAUUUUCAAAGGGGAGAGAUGAUCCUAGAAAUAACAUAAAUGUUAUCUAAUUAAUACAGCCUUAAAGAUAAAAGUCCUUGUUGAAGUUGGAAAAAAUUGCUAACUUACAUAGUCUUAGUCAUUAACAUGUUUGUGGAAGACUGUAGCAGAAAUAUGUAGUAUAACUUGAGUGAACAUUCCCAAUUAGGAAUUCUAGGCUCUAUUUUAACUGAGUCACACUGCAUAGGAAUUUAGAACCUAACUUGUAGAGGUUAUCAAAACCUUUGCCACCAUUGCACAAUUUUGUCCUAAUAUAUAGAGAAAUGUUAAGUUGCAGUUUGCACAAGUUCAUCUCAUUUGUAUUCCAGUGAUUUUUUUUUCUUCUAGCCAUUUUUUUCUAGGUUUUUUUGUAGACAGUAAAAACUGUCAUUUACAUUUGUCAAAAAAUAAUCAUUUCUUGAUUACUAAUGAUUUAAAAAACCCAUCAGUUAAUGUAAAACUGAAUUUAUAUUUAAUAACUUCUGUUAAUAAUGGGUAGCAUGAAUAUUGAACAGCAUACAAUUAGUAGCUGUAAAUUCCUUUAGAAAAGGAAAAUUAUUUCCUAAGAUACAUUCACAUCAGUUCUUAAAAAUAGUCUUAACUAGAUUAAUACCUACUUUAGUUUAAUAGUUUUAAGUGCCUGUUUGGGAUGAUGCUAGGUAAUUUAGAUGAGUUUAGGAAAAACAAAGUUAUUACCUGCAGAAAUGUCAAUCACAGAGGGUCCCCCUUCCUAUACAGCAAAAUGGGUUAUGUAAUGUUUUAUCCAAAAGUUUCCAGUUCCACUGUCUUGUGUUUUCAUGUUGAAAAUACUUUUGCAUUUUUUCUUUGAGUGCCAAUUUCUUACUAGUACUAUUUCUUAAUGUAACAUGUUUACCUGGAAUGUAUUUUAACUAUUUUUGUAUAGUGUAAACUGAAACAUGCACAUUUUGUACAUUGUGCUUUUUUUUUUUUUUUUGUGGGACAUAUGCAGUGUGAUCCAGUUGUUUUCCAUCAUUUGGUUGCGCUGACCUAGGAAUGUUGGUCAUGUCAAACAUUAAAUUUAAAAAUGACCACUCUUUUAAUUAAAAUUAACUUUUAAAUGUUUAUAGGAGUAUGUGCUGUGAAGUGAUCUGAAAUUUGUAAUAUUUUUGUCAUGAACUGUACUGCUCCUAAUUAUUGUAAUGUAAUAAAAAUAGUUAUGGUGACUA